AGAGAGGCCGAGGGGCGGGGCGCCCCACCGGAAGUGGCGGUUGACCGGCGGGGGUUCGUUUAGCGUCCCGGGUAGCGUUUGAGUUUGGCGAGUGGCGGGCGCUGUCUCAGCGGUAGCGGGCCCCCAAGGCCUCAGAAAGAGGCUUCUCUCUGUCCUGGGACCCCCUCCUCAUUCAGCGUCUUCCCCGUAACCGGAUACGGAUUAUUUGGACUCUCCCUCAGACCCAGCAGGAGUCACAGAUUUCAGCAAGUAUGGCCCCCCGCAAGAAUCGUCGAAACACCCCAAAGUUGCCCCUGGCCUUAAACCCCCAGAAGAGCAAGGACGUGCUGGCAGUGCUGGCGGAGAGGAACCAGCCUGUGGUGCCAGUCGGGGCGUGGGUGGAACCUGCCUCGCCGCACAGUUCGGGAAACACAGCGUAUACUGCAGCAUAUAUAAUUGAAAAAGAACUAAAGGAACAGUUAAGAAAAAAACAAGAAGCUUUGAAGCGUUUUCAGAGACAAGCCAAACACCGAGUAAAUCAACGAAUUAGGCUAAAAAAAAAACAACAGCUUCAGAGGUUCUAUGAAGAAGCAGAAAAAGAAGACACUGUAGGUAUGCUGCCUUCAGAUCUAGAACACUUAACUUCUAGAACAACGGUUUUUCCAAAGACUUUGAAUGCUGCUAUUGGAAGUGCUUGGUCACCUUCUUCCCAGAAGCUUGAUGAUGGAAUACAAGACAGAGAGAAUCAGAAUCAAUUAAUACAACACGCCCUGGCUCUUAGGAAAACCAUGAAACAGGCACGUCACCAGCUGGCAUCCUUUAAAACUAUGAGUCAAAAAUAUGCAGCAGUGUUUCCACAUGAUACAAGGAAAAGCUGUCCCGCCCAACAGGAACCUGACUCUGAGGAAUCUUCAUCAAUUACGAUAGACAAGAAAGGUGAAGAAAAAUUGUUUUGGAAGAACCAACAAGAUUUCUUUUCUGAAGAGAAGAACAAAGCUUUCAGCAGAGUUCAGAAAAUACAAUUCAAAACUCCAUUAUAUGCUGUAAUAGAAGAGGAACAGCUAAAUGAGUUACAGGAUAUUCUGCCAGAAACCCAGGAUUAUCUUUCAGAAACCCAAGGUGAUCUGCUGGAGACCCAGGGUGAUCUAACAGGAGUGCGGAGUGUUGAGCUGGAAGCCCAGAAUAUUGAGCCACAUUCCCAGGCUGUUGAGCUGGCAGGCCAGCCUAUGGAAGGCCAAGUUGUUGAACCCAAAGCCCAGGCCAUUGAACUUAAAGUCCAGGUUGUUAAGCUAGAACCUCAGAGUCUGAUGCUAGGAGCCCAGAGUAUUGAACUAGAAGAUGGAAAUAUGUUGGAAGUCCAUGAUUUUUUAUCCCCAAAUCAGGCUUUUCUACCCAAAGACCAGAACAUUCUACCCAAUGACCAGAAUAUUCUACUCAAAUGUCAGGACCACCAUAUUCUACGCAAAGACCAGCGUGUUUUCCCCAAAGACCAGGAUAUUCAACCCAAAUAUCAGGACCAGGAUUUUAUACCCAAAUGUCCAGACCAACAUAUUCUACGCAAAGAUCAGCAUGUUUUCCCCAAAGACCAGGAUAUUCAACCCAAAUAUCAGGACCAGGAUUUUAUGCCCAAAUGUCCAAACCAACAUUAUAUACCCAAAGACCAGCAUAUUCUUGCUAAUGACCAGAAUAGUAUACUCAAAUUUCAACACCAGCAUUUUCUACCCAGAGAGCACUGUGUUCUCACCAAAGAUCAGCAUGUUUUCUCCAAUGAACAGAAUACUCGAUGCAAAUAUCAGGACCAGGAUUUUCUACCCAGAUAUCAGAAAGUCCGCUUCAAGGAGCCAUAUUCUGUUAUAAAUGAGAAAGGGAGAGAUGGCUUUUCUCUGGCAGGUUAUCAGUCUCCUAUUCCUAAAGUCCAGGACCAGGUGUGCAUCAGAAAUCAGAAAGUCCACUUCAAAGAGCCAUAUUCUGUUAUAAAUGAGAGAGGGAGAGAUGGCUUUUCUCUGGCAGGUUAUCAGUCUCCUACUCCUAAAGUCCAGGACCAGGCGUUCAUCAGAGAUCAGAACAUGUUUUUUGAGCAGCUGUCAUCUUUUCUGAGAGAAGUGAGAGUGAGAGAUGAAUUUCCUCCGGAGUAUCAUUAUGUUAACCCUCAAGUCCAGGACCAAGCCUCCCCUGGCGAUCAGAGCUUAUACUCCAGGCAGCAGCCAUCUGUCGGGACAGCUGAAAGAUGGCGAGAUUUGCUUCUGGAUGACCAUCAGUAUCUUCCAGCCAAGCACCGGAGAGAGGCUUCCAGCAGAAGGCAGGUUUAUGAUAAAUGUCAAUCAGGAUGGGACACUGAAUUCCAAACUCCACUCGGACUUCAGUUUGGAGUAAAUCAAGAAGAAGACAAAAAAGAGCGUCAAAAGCGGUACCUGAGAUAUAGGCGACUUUUCAUGGAUAUUGAAAGAGAAAAAGUAAAAGAACAACAAAGGCAAAAAGAAUGCAGGAAGAGAAUUGAAAAAAUUAAGAGAAAGAAAGAGCAGCAACGUUAUGCUGAAGAGCAGAGGCUAUUAAGAAUGAACUUUCAUGAAGAGCCAUGUUCAGGGGAGAAGAUGAGUGAGAUGUUAGCGCAGCUACAGCUCGAGGAACUGAAAGAAGCCAGAGAAAAACAGCAACGAAGAGAAAGGGAAUGCCAAAGGUAUCUGGAAGCUUUAAGGGUCCAGAUCCAAGAGAAAAUGCGGCUGUAUAAUAUUACUUUACCUCCACUCUGCGGCUGUGGUCCCGACUUUUGGGAUGCUCAUCCUAAUACCUGUGCCAACAAUUGUAUUUUCUAUAAAAACCACAGAGCUUAUAUCCGGGCACUAUAUUCAGUCAUCAAUUCCUGUGAUAGAGGGACCUUGAUUCUUCGAGCUGCCAUUCAUAAUUUUGCUUCUGCCUACAGACGGACUUUGAAAAAUGUAUAUGCAGAAUCUGAAAUCAACUGUUAGUAUUUCAGCCUUCGCUUAAAAUCAAUUCUCUGAGAGAUUGUUCAGGAAAAACUGUUAAAGUAUGUAAUCUGGAAAGGAAGACUGUCGCACGUAACAACAGUCUCUGCAAUUAUAUUGGAACCAUGGUUUCAGUCUCCAUCUUGGGACCACGAUGGGAAAGUUGACUUCCACACUUGCCUCGUGGUGUGAACCAUGUGGAGUUUAUUGUUUUAAAAAUGAUCAGUCAGACCAGUAAGAUUUAUCUUAUUUGCUCUGUUCUGAUCUGAAGAGAUCAUGAGAAAUCUUUGAGAUUACCGUGUUUGUUGUCUUUCUAAAACUGUAUCUUUGAGUCUUAACAAAAUUGGAAAUGUCUGGAAGAAGCAGAAAAGAAAGAUGAUGAAAUGAGUUUCCGAGCAUCAGUGGCCAUCUAGAUUCCUGCUAGCUUUUCUAGUUGUGUAUAACAAUUAGAGAUGAGAAGGAUUUGAAUUUGAUGCAAUUUUUUUCUAAAAAUUUCUUUGGGGUUUGUGUGUGUGUGUGUGUGUGUGUGUGUGUGUUUUAUUACC